AUGGGAGGGUCGGAGAAGGCUCCUCAGGUGGAACUGGAAGACCUAUGGGCUACUGGAAAAAUGAAGGUGUACUAUGUCAAUGGAAAUACGCAAUUGCCUAUGCUUUACAUUGACGAUUCAGUGAAGGAGAGGAUGUGCUCGGAUUUUGAGCUCCUGGAUGUGGAUAACGGAUUCUUCUUAUUGAAGUUUGAUCGGACAGAAGACAAGAAGAAGGUAAUGGAAGGGGGCCUUUGGAUGAUCUUCGAUCAUUAUUUGGCAGUGACUACAUGGAACAAGAACUUCAUUGGUCCCACAGCAAAGGUCACAACAACGCUUGUUUGGAUCAUAAUUCCGGGGUUGAAUGCGACUUAUUAUGAUGCAAGUUUUCUCAUGUCGGCUGCAAGGCUUGUUGGCACGCCAGGGAAUUGGUACAAGGUGGUUUAUGAAGGCUUGCAUAUAAUAUGUGGUCGUUGUGGCUGCUAUGGCCACCAGACGCGGGAGUGCACACUCCCCCCUCCGUCCCCAACACCAAGCUCUCAAGUGGUGCAAACCCUAAUAACGGAGCCGCAAUCAGCAACUCAAACCCUAGGAGCUGUGCAACAGACUCAACCAGAAACGACAGCGAAAUUUCAGGAGGGCAGUACACAAUCUGUGGUGUCAGGGGAGAAAAAUAGGGAAGCAAUCAAUAAGACAAUUAUUAUCCAGGAUCCCACGAUUUUGGAAGCUGUUGGUGAUUGGCUAACAGACAAGUAUAAGCAUAGGAAAAAACAAAAUAAACCCUUGAAUAAAAAUAUUGAGGGGCCCCACAGGAAUUUCCAGCCACCCACGGGAAAAUAUAUUGUGGGAAUAGUAGCAGCAAGCAAAAAACGUCGAAAGAAUGAGGAGGAACAUGCCUUAGUUUCUACUCCUGAAAAACAAGCUGAGAAUGUAGCUCCUACUAACAGGGCUACCUCUUCGAGCCGUCAACACCACAAAGAGAGGAGUAAGCCAUCGACGUCUUCCUUGCCCGUGGAAGGGGCCAGCAGCUCUCAUGGUAUACCGUCCAAGGUUGUGGCAGCCAUUGGAACAGGAGGUUUCAUGCAGGAGUUCUUAAAUGAUGGGGGGUCUUCCAAGGGAAACCUCCAGAUAAAUUAUGCAACCUCUGUAUCUAAGACUGGGGAUGGCUACUCCCCUAUCAUCAAUCGUUUUAAUGAUUGGAUUUGA